AUGGCCGACCCGAGCAGCCCCUCCAGGCGCUCCGACUCGGCGGCAGCCGACGGGUUGAACAGGGGGCCCAGUACUGCUGCAAAUUUUAGAAAAGAUACUUUAAAAGGCAAGCUGUCCGUAUCCUCCCAAAGUGUCUUGAGGGUUACGAGUAAGAGAGAUGGCGGCGCCCCUGCGAGGAAACCCAGCCGUUCCGCUCCUGAAGCAGCAACGCCUGCCGCAGGAGCUACAUUUUUGCCUGGAAGGUUCGAAGACUUCUCUCCCUCCUCAUCCCACAAAGCUGAUGACCCAGCCACUCUAUUCGUGCUCAGCAAGAAGCAGCCUCCAGGGAAGCUCGAAGGGAACAGGGCUCGGCCUCUCGUGGGCUCGCGGCAGCUCUCGGCAGCUCCUGGUGCUGCUGCUGCUCCUGCCCUCACCGUUGGAUCAACCGCAAGGAAGGAUAUGAUUCCGAAGCGGCAGCAGGGUUGGGGGGGUCCCCGGAGAGAGGGCCCGCGGCAGCGAGUGGGCAGGGAGGGUGGCGACAAAGACCCGGAGGAUGAGUGUCUUCACAGGCUGGAUGUGUACGGCUUGGAAGUUGAGGGGUUCCGAGGUGCUGCUUCUGCAGCAGACACGCUGUUGCUUUCGGGGUCGAAAGUGUUCAUUAGAGGCAAAGAGGUCGCCAAAGGAAAGACACCCGACUUUAGGGGGCUCGUCACCAUGCAAAUUAUCGACCCGUCCCUCCUAGGCAAGCCUCUUUUGCAGCAGGUGCAACCCUUUCAGUUCGGUGGAAGCAGGGGAGGGGCCCGAGGCGCCCACAUAGUGCAGAACGAGCUCCCGCUCUUGAUGCACCUCAGCAGGCACAGUGUCAUACCCGCAGAGGCUCAACUCGGAGAGAAAACAAAGGACCCGGAAGAGGCGAUAGACAGCCUGAUGUAUCUUCCGUCCUGCGACGACGCCGCAAUAAUUGAUUGCUUGCAGCAGCGGUUUAACAGGGGCAAGUACUUCACGUCUUGCGACAAUAUGCUGAUAUUUGUGAACCCUUGGGACUCGCACGAUUCUGCGAGCGACGAGGUAUUCAACCGCAGCAAAGCUGUGCACUACUGGACGUCCCACGUAGCGGAGCUGCCAUCGCAUCCCUACUUGGUGGCUCGCCGGGCCUUCACGAACGCAAGAAAGCAGCACACAAACCAACUCGUGCUCACCUUUGGCGCCUUCGGCUCAGGACAGGACCGUGUGCACCACGAGCUGGUGAAGCUCUUUAUCCGCUUCGCCUUCAUCGUGGAGGACACCUGGACAGAUGAGCAGGCGCUCGCCACUGAAGCGAAGAGAGACGCUGCAGUGUCACUUUUAGAGUCUUUGCACAUUACGAACAAGGGCCAACUAUAUGGUGGGCGGCUAAUGGACCUCUUUCAAGUAGAACUCGACUCCCAAGGAGGUUUCGUGGGAUUCAGCUUUUUGCCGAACUCAUCCUAUGAGCCCAGCCAAGACAUCAUUUCAUGGCAGAUGCGCCAGGCUGUCAGUUCGCUCCCCCUGCCCAACAUCUUUUACCAUCUCAUGUACGGCAUUCACUACAACCCGGGAGACCCACUUCUGAAGAAUGCGGGUCUCCAUCCUGUCGACGUGAAGAUUUUGAUGCAUUACUUUCCUCGCCCCUUUGUUUUGUACGAAGACGUGCACUACGAGAAGUGUCAAGAAAUCCUCGCUGAUCUUUCCACCCUCGGCCUCUCCGACAGACAAAAGGCCGAGUUUCUCUCUCUGCUUAGCGCUAUUCUUGUGGCAGACGUCGUGAGUUUCAAGAUGCAGAACGAACUCCACAAGGAGGAGCUCGAAGCUGAAAAAGAGGAGGAACCCCCUGCCCCCGCGGCGCCGCGGGUGAGGCGUAUAACAAGACAAAGCGGACAGACAGUUGAGCGUACGCUCAUGCUUGCAAGUCUCCUCGGUGUUGACGAGACGGUGAUGCGCGACAUCUACUUGGGGACAGACGCCUGGCAAGUGCGGUAUUUGGCCCUGAAGCUUUUCGUCCGUUUGCGUUGGUGGCUACUGGGAAUCAUCAGUCAAAGUCUGCGGCUGUCCAAGGGGACGGAGGUUCACAACCGAGUGACGCUACUGAAGGCGGCUGGCCUAGACUUUCGACGUGUGAGCCCAGAAUGGGCUUUCAACCAGCUGUUGCACAACUACACGGAAGAAUGUUUACUCCACAUAUUUGCAACUUGGGCGUUUACUCUCGAUCAAGCCACCUAUCUGCUGGAAGACGUGAAGCCUCCUCCGGCAAACUUUACUCUGAACGACGAGAUUCUAGAAGUUUUCACGGGGCCGGAAGGUGUAUGGCAAAUCCUGAAGCACGAACACACAACUAGGGGAGGAGAAGCAGCAGAUGACUUGUCGGACGGAGUGCCGUUGGCUGCUGUUUCCUUUGUGGAUCGGAUCCUCAGGAGCAAAUGCAGCACUGACAAAAUACGAAAAGUGCCAGGGUACAAGCCCCCACAACCUGAAAUGCUUCGCCCAAAGAUGGCCGUGCGGGUUGUGAAGGCCACUGUGAAAGCGGGGAAAGGGGCAAUGGUAGGUGGUGCUGCUCCCGCCAGGAAGUCAGCAGGCUCCCAUCUGGACCCAAUUCUCUGCCGAUUCACGGUGGUGCACACCUCCGGCACGCUUGUCUACGAUGCUACCAAAUUUUGCACAAGCGAUGCAAACGCCUACACUGUCGCUCCCAGACUUCGAACGCUACUGCUGCAGAGCAAGCUGGAGCUCAUGCGCUCUCUUGUCGAACAUGAAAAGGCUCACGACGUCAUUCCCCCCGACUGUCUCCGUAUCAGCGUAACCAAUCGGUUUAUUCAGUACACUAAGGACAGCCUCUCGGCAGGAUCGGAGGCGCCGCAAACCAACUUCAUUGCGUGCGUCAGUGCACUUCGACCAUUCUCGGCUGCAGAUGCGAAUGGGGAGGUAGCGUCCUCGUCAAAACUCAGUUCCUACGUGAAGCGCUGGAGGCAGAACAGCCAAAGCGAACAAAACCAGCGGGCGCAAUAUCAGCAAGAUGCGUACGCUUUGAUGACUAGCGCCUUGUGUCAUGAGCCGCAGCUUCCUCCUCGCCUAAAAGCCCUCUUGGCCAGUGAAGCUAAGCUGGAGCGUAACUGCAGUGGGAUAUCAACUGGGAAGGACUAUGGUGUUCUUCCGCAAGGCUGCAUUCAUAAUUUUGGAAAAGACGUAAGUAUGGAGCUCCCGUGGUUGUCUCGCGCUCCCCAACUGAAUGACAACUCAAGAUACAGUUGGAGAAUUGACUACCUUGAGCGUCUGGUGCCAGCUGUUACCCGCGUGCAGCGCAUUUGGCGAACUGUGAGGGAACGCGCCUUCGUGGCGGAUAUGCAUUGGCUGUGCGUCCGACUGCAGAGCCACGUCCGUCGAGUCCUUUUCACACGGGAGCAAAAAAAAAUUCAGCCUCUCAAGGACAUUUUCUUUGGGGCCGCCGUAACCGCUGGCAUAGCGUAUGCCUUCCGACGGUUAGGCCUUAGUGACGAGGUGAUCCAUUCCAUUGAGAUGAAGUGGAGGGAGCGCCGCAAGUUCCAAGAGCUAAGAGGGCUUACUAUGGCAUUUCUGUCUAUUCAGCGGAAGGGGGCCAAGCUGUACAGCAUGCGCGUCAUGCUGAACUACCGGCCAAUCAUCCGGCGGACGACAGUGAUGAGAGAAAUGAUUUCGGUGCAGCUGAACACUUCAGUUGUUCGUAUUCAAAGCUUCUUUAGGAUGGUCAUUAUAAAGCAGCAAUAUGUACGCCUUAGGAAUGCAGCAAUGCUUUGCCAAGCUGGAGCUCUGAUGAGACUUCGCCGGGGUGACUUUCUCCUGGCAAGGCGCAUGGUUGUGAAAAUCCAGCGCUGGUGGCGUUCCAUGCUUUUACUACGGGGAUUGGAUGUGGAGCUGGCGCUACCUCUUCCCAUUCAAAUACCGAAGAAAGCGGACUCUGUGGUCAAACGGCGAGAGCAUGUUGCUUUCGAGCUGCUUCGACCUCAUUUCCUUCGGGUCCAAGGGGUGUUCAGAGUCGAACGAAUGCGCCAGGAGACCCACUAUGCCUACCCAAUCAGCCUGAAAGCAAACUGCGACUGUCGUGGUAUAUAUCCUCGCACGUGGGCGCAACCACUUCAGGAUCUCUUGGCUCAGUUAGCCAUAGCUACAAGCCAGCAACAGAACGGCUACAUGACUGAGGCCACACAUGUGGCGCCGGUUAUGGAAUCUGUUGAUGCGGGGCUAUUUGCACAGUUUCACGACAUGGCAGUUGGCGGCCACCACAGUUUGGUGCUUCUGGCGGUGAGACGACCGGCUUCCGAAAACUUCGCCACCCGCGUCCGGGCGGUCGUCAAGGGUGGAAGCUGGCAGGAUUUCAACCUAGUGCCGUGUGUGUAUGCAUGGGGUUGGGGGGACAGAGGACAACUUGGGGAGUCUCAGACUCCAAGAGAACAGGGAAUGACUUGCGUUGGCCCCCUGAAAUUUGUGGACCGCGUCUUCAGAGAUACAGUGGACUUGGAAACUGGUCAUCUGGUGCAGCAGCUUGUGAAGGAGGUCGACUAUACGCACAAAAUAUGCUCUGUUGUAGCUGGUCUAGACCAUUCGGUCGCCCUCACUAGCGAAGGUAUGGCUUUCGCUUGGGGAGACAACUCGGAAGGACAGUGUGGUUUGGGCCACAGGCUAAUGUGGGCUCGAUCUCCAACCUUGAUUCCUACUAUACGUAACAAUGGCAUCAGACUGAAGAGUAUCGCGGCGGGACCCCGGCAGACAGGAGCGGUGUGUUCGGACGGGAAGGCGUUGAUGUGGGGUGCUGCCCACUUUGUUCGACUACCCACGCUCAUCCCGGAAUCGCAUUCUUACACUCCGCGAGAGGUACCCGUUGAUUCGUCUGAGGAGGCAAUGCAGAUUUGCUGCUCUUCUGGAUUCAACGUGUUAAGGACAGCUCGCAGCAGUGGCGUUUUUACAUGGGGGUGCAACGACAGUGGUCAACUGGGCCAAGGAGUUGAAGACAAAAAGUCCAGAGACGUUCCAACGUUUGUUCGCCUUCCCACGACGCCGGCUCACCAUCACGUAGUUUCGAAGGUUGCUGUUGGGACAAGGUUUGUCGUAGUGUCUCUUCAGCAAGCAUCGCCUUUUCUGUACACUUGGGGAGCACUGCGUGUAGUAGAAGUCACUCAGAAGGCCUCCGGGAUCCUCGACGGUGUAGAAAGUAAGAAAGCAUCAGCCGCGGCGGAGCAGCGGGCUGCUGCAAACCCAUUUCUGAAGUUUGCCGGCUUCAAAGUACAACAGCCGCAAGGGAGCAAAACGCAAAGCUUACCCGCUAUUACGGCAGACAAAGUGAAGGCGAUUUGCAGACCGACUCGUGUUUCCCACUCUCUGUGGAAGGACGAUGCUGUAGUAGACAUAGGAGUCACGGGCACAGACGUUCUGGCCCUUAAUGAUGGCUAUACGGUCAAUUCACACGACCGGAAACGCAGUCUCGCUGUCUUUCAGCUGGGCGAAGGCAGUGAGGCCGACGAGGCAAAUGCUUGA